GCGUCCGCGGCAGGCCGUGUCGGAGGAUGUGGGAAUAGAAGCCAAAUAUAAAAGGGGCUCUCAAUUUGGAACGUCCGAGCGGAAGAGCGUCAGCGCAGCCUCGGAAGAGAAGCGUCCUCGUCGGGAGCAGGGAGGUGGCUUUGGGGGCUUGUAAACAGACCACAGCGAGUGGACGGGCGAAGGCAUCACUGAGAGCCGCUCCUCCAUCCUCGGCUCUGCUCUCGACGAUGCUCGUUCUUCUCGAGGAUAAACACUAAUCCGAGCCUCCGCCGCUCCCGCUCAGCUCAGCAUCAGCGCCGCGGGCAGUUAUCUGCGGACGUCUCCAGCAGCAGCGCGAUGCCGUAGACUCAACAUGAAGCUGUAGCACCGCGCGCUCCAAUGGGAUAAGAUGCGGCGGUACCGUGUCUUCCUGCUCUGUACCGUGGGGCUGUGUGUCAUCUCCUUCCUUCACUACUACAAGGCCCUUCACUAUGUGUCCCUGCGGGAGCUCACGGCCCCCUACCCCUUCAAAUCCUUCAUCCUGAGCACCGGCUUCUUCUGGAGGGAAAGAGGGCUGGCAUCCACCCCACUCAGCCCUGCCUCCCCGGAAGAGCCCCCACCCCCACCCCAGAGGAAAGAGUCCAGAGCGGAGGUCUCGCCUCAGGGCACGACUCUGGGUAUCCAGGGGGUUGCUGUGGGGGCAGUGAGUGAGCUGGCCAGUGUGAAGCUGGAGCUGAGGGUCAGGGAGCAUCCCGCACCACCGCACCCAUGGGAGAAGCCUGAGGAGGGCCAGGCCGGAGACACCAAAAAGGAGAGAGAAGAGGACAAACCUGCCAACCUAGUUCCUACACCUCCCAGACGAAAUGGCUUGUUAUUUCCUAAAGACAGCCUGUGGGACCCAGUGGAAGCCAUGGGGGACCUGCACAAGCGCCCGCACCAGCUCCAGGAUGACCCCACGGCCUACUUUGCACAUACCAAAGCUGGGGCUCUGUGCUUCAGGCAGGGCACUGAGGUGGCCACCCCAAAGGAGUCUACGGGGAAGACAGGGGGUGCCAUUGGUAAUAGUGCUGCGGAGAGUUCUCGAGUUGGUCAGCGAAAGCUUGCAGAGGUCCAGUCAUCCAAUGCGCCAAAACCGAAAAGCAGAGGACGGCCUCCGGGCAAGCGCCUGGUCAAGUGCGUGUGCCGCCCCGGCUGGCACGGCCCUUACUGCGGUGUGCCCACCAUGGUGUACCACUCCAACCUGCCCACCAAGGAACGCUUGACCCCCCGAGAGGUCCCACGCAGGAUCAUUAAUGCCAUCAACAUCAACCAUGAGUUUGACCUGCUACAUGCACGCUUCCACGAGCUGUCCCAGGCUGUGGACCUGUUCAUCGUGUGUGAGUCCAACUUCACCGCGUAUGGAGAGAGGCGCCCCCUGGGAUUCCUUCAGCGUCUGCUCAAUGGCACGUAUGACUACAUGCGUCAAAAGCUGCUGUACGUGUUCCUGGACCACUUCCCGGACGGUGGGCGUCAGGAUGGAUGGAUUGCUGACGAUUACCUGCGCACCUUCCUGACUCGAAACGGCAUGUCCCGUGUCCUUGGGCUGCGGCCGGAUGAUGUCUUUGUCAUCAACGAUGCAGAUGAGAUCCCAGCGCGAGAGGGCCUACUUUUCCUCAAGCUGUUCGAUGGCUGGACCGAGCCCUUCGCCUUACACAUGCGCAAGUCACUCUACGGAUUCUUCUGGAAGCAGUUUGGUUCUCUGGAAGUGAUCUCGGGCUGCACGGUGGGGAUGCUCCGGGACGUGUACGACUGUGACGGCAUCAAGCUACGGCGCCGCGAGUACUAUACCAUGCCCGGCUUCCGCAAGUACGAGAAUGACACGGGCCACAUCCUGGUGCAGUGGUCCCUGGGCAGCCCCAUACAUUUCGCCGGAUGGCACUGCUCCUGGUGCUUCACUCCAGAGGGCAUACACUUCAAACUGGUGGCGGCGCAGAACGGGGACUUCCCCCGCUGGGGGGACUACGAGGACAAGCGUGACCUGAACUACAUCCGGCAGCUGAUCCGCACGGGGGGCUGGUUCGACGGGUCCUUGCCAGAGUACCCCCCCGCGGACCCCAAGGAGCACAUGUACGCCCCCAGGUACAUGCUGGACCAUUACAAACAGUACCGCUACCUCCUGGAGAACCCUUACAGCCAAGUGUCACGGACUGGAGGAGAGUGAAGCCUGCACAAACAUGAGGUGACAUGAGCUGAAUUCAGAAGCUUACUUGAGUAGUUUUGACUAGUUUGGAUUUAGUUACCCUUUAGGUCUACAAUACUUAAAGCUACACAGUGUAACUUUUCUAUUGCUUAUUUCCAU